CAGCUCCAUCCAGAUGCGAAUCGAAUCGUCCUCACACACUUACCGAGGGGUCAGAAUCCACACCUCCGCAAAUGGGCCCCCUUUCCCAGGGCCCCCCAGCCCAGACCCUCCCUGGCUCUGUGGGUUUUGACACCUCUUCGUCACCUGGUGGGGGGCCCCCUUGCACCUCGGCCCGAUAAAAGCUCAGGCCGGAGCUGGCGGGCGGGCAGCCUCCCAGAGCCGCAGCCGGCCAUGGCCCAGUCCCCUCCUCUGCAGACCCUCCUCGGCCACGACCGCUGGCUCUCGCCCCAGGGCUGGGGCUGGGCCGGCCACGCCGACUGCACGUCCCCGGCCUCCUCCUCCGACUCGUCGGGCUCGUGCCCUUGCGACGGCGCCCGCGGCCGCCCGCAGCCCGCGCCCCCGGCCCGCGCAGCCCGCGCCGCAGAGGCCGCCCGGACGGCACCCGCACGAGCACAACCCGGAGCCGCCGGCGGCCCGCGGCAGAGCGCCAGCGAGCGCGAGAAGCUGCGCAUGCGCACCCUCGCCCGCGCGCUGCACGAGCUGCGCCGCUUCCUGCCGCCCGCAGUGGCGCCCGCGGGCCAGAGCCUCACCAAGAUCGAGACGCUGCGCCUGGCCAUC